GCAGUCUCCCGCGGCACUCCACCGGGGGCCUGCGCACCUCCCCCUCCGUGGACCGGUUGGGGCUCAGCACCGCGGGGCAGUGCCGGGAAGGUCACCACCACCCCGGUGUCGGCGCGCACCACCCCCGCCGGCGGGACCAUGCGCAAGUGGACAUCCAAUUCGGAUUUUCAGAACGGUUCCACGUCGGUCAGCCAUUCUCACGCCCCGCCCUCCCAUUCAGCCUACCACUCAGCCGCCCCACCCCCGCAACACCAACAACAACAGCCACGCAGCCGUUUCGGUUCGCAGUCGCACUUGACGGAUGUGCCGCUGCACAGUCACAGCCCGGUGGCGGCCGCCGCCUAUGCCGCCUCCCCCACCGGCUUCCCCAAGACCUCCAGCGCCGCGGCGGCCCUCAAGGAACCCGUUUUCAAUCCAGAUGAUGGUUAUUUGCGCGUGAAUAUCCGCGGUAAGCCCAUGAACUUUUACGUCCCCUCGGAGGAGUGCCUGACGCAGUCGCUGGCCAAACCCAACCCGGCGCCCACGGAACGCCUCAAACUGGAAUGGGUGUAUGGUUAUCGGGGACGCGAUUGCCGGUCGAAUCUGCAUUAUGUCGCCACCGGGGAGUGCGCGUAUUUCAUCGCCUCCGUGGUGGUGCUGGUCAACUUUCGUGAGGAAUUACAACGGCAUUACCUUGGCCAUACGGAUGAUAUUCGCUGUAUUGCGGUGCAUCCGAACAAGCUGACGGUAGCGUCGGGCCAGACCGGCCAUCCCGAUCGCCGGCCGAAACGCGGUGCGACGUCACCCACCAACAGCAUUGACGGAGAAAAAAUUGUCCACGUGCGGAUUUGGGACGCGGUGACGCUGAGCACGCUGCACGUGCUGGGCGUCAACGGGGAAUUCGAUCGGGGCUUCAGCGCGCUGGCCUUCUCCAAGAUGGACGAGGGCACCCUGCUGGCCGUCAUCGACGAGUCGCCGGAGCAUCUGCUCAGCUUGUGGGACUGGCAGAAGGCCGGAUCCCGCGGCGAUCGCAUCGCCAUGGUGGCUUGUGGAUCGGACCCGGUGUUCGCCGGCGAAUUCCACCCGUCCGUGCCCAACCUGCUGGUGACCUGCGAGAGUCACAUUAACUUCUGGAAUCUGGACGGCAGUACGCUGGCGCUCAACCGGAUCGUCGGGGUUUUCGAAAAGAUCGAACGACCGAAAUUCCUGCUGUGCCUGUGCUUUAGCGAGAACGGUGAUAUCCUGACGGGUGAUUCCAAUGGCAAUAUCAUUUCCUGGGGACGCGCGGGCAACCGGAUGCGUCACAUGGUGGCCAACGCCCAUCCGGGCGGCGUCUUCGUGCUGCUGUCCAGCGCGGACGGGCAGGUGGUGUCGGGCGGGAAGGACCGGCGCAUCGUCGUGUGGGAUCAGGGACUGCGGCGCACCGGGCAGGAAAUGGAGUUGCCGGACAGUCAGGGGACGGCGCGCGCUUUAUGCCGGGAUGCAGACGGGGAGUUGCUGAUCGGGACGAAUCGCAACUGUAUCCUGCAGGGCACGCUGCCCGGCGGCUUCACUGUCGCCGUACACGGCCAUUUUGACGAGGUGUGGGCGCUGGCCACCCACCCCAACCACCACCAGUUCGUCACGGCCUCCUACGACCACACCCUGACGCUGUGGAGCGCCGAGGAGAAGGUGCCCAUCUGGACGACGGAGCUGCCGGAUGGGAUCCAUGCGCUGUGCUUCCAUCCCGACGGCGACCUGAUCGCCAUUGCCACCGUCUCCGGGCGCUGGUUCGUCCUGGACACCCUCUCCCGCGAUGUGGUGCACACGCAGGCCGUCGCCGAGGACGGGCAGGAUCUUCUAUCCUGUAUCAAAUAUUCCCCCGAUGGGCGGUUUAUCGCGGUGGCGUCGGUGGACCGGGCCAUCUACGUGUACCAGGUGAUGGACGGCGGCAGUAAGUGCAUCAAACUGGGCAAAUGCCUCGGGCACAGCAGUGCCGUGCUGUGUCUCGACUGGUCCGUGGACAGCCAGUAUCUGCGCAGCAACUCCGACAACUUCGAACUCAUCUACUGGAAUCCAGCGACAUUGAAGCAGAUUAACAAUCCCACUCUGUGUCGCGACGUGGAGUGGGACAGCUGCAACUGCAUCCUGGAGUACGGCGUGGCCGGCGUCUGGAGCGACAGUGUGCAGGCGCUCAGCGUCGACUGCGCCCAGCGCGUGCUGGCCGUCGGGGACGACGGCGGCAAGGUUAAGCUCUUCUCCUUCCCCGCCAUGUCGCAAAAGUCGGCAUGUCACACGUACAGCGGACACAGCAACCACGUCAGCUGUGUGCGCUUCCUGCACGACGCCAGCCGGCUGAUCAGCAGCGGCGGCCGGGACGCGUCGGUGCUGCAGUGGAUCUGCGAGUCCAAGAGCGUCGAUCUGGGAUUCAUCUGAUUAAUCCCCACUUUUCCCUCUAUUUAUUUGGCCUUCAUCCUGUUGCCUGAUGUUGCGGUGCUGCAGAUGUUUUUAAGGAGCGUGUUUUGCAAUAAUCACGGCCAUGACGAAGAUGCAGAGAUUUUUCCUGGUUUUAUCGUUUUUAUUGCGUUCACCUUGUUUUGUGCAUGAUGGUCGGGAAAUUGUGUGCUGUUCGGCUUGAUUUUUGUAGUCUGUCCGUUGGUGGAAAGGUCACAGGUGCCUUUUUUGAUGGUUUGAAUUCGGUUGACAAACAAAUGUUUUAUUCGUUUACACUUUAUGUACACUGCUUGAGUACGGCGUGAUCGCGUUGGCAGAAAAUAUGUUUAAAAAUGUACAAAAACAGGAAUAAAACUACU